AUGGGCACCGCGAGGCGCCGGGUCCGGAGCGGGCCGGUGCCCACGCCGUGCGUCCAGGCCCAGUGCUUUGACCUGCUGGUGCGACACUGCGUGGCCUGUAACCUCCUGCGCACGCCGGAGCCUAGAGGCGCGGCGGCGGCGGCGAGCAGCCAGGCGCCCGGGACGGCGCUGCAGCCGCAGGAGUCGGUGGGCGCGAGCGCGGGGCUGGAGGCGGCGCUGCCACUGCCCGGGCUGCUCUUCGGCGCCCCCGCGCUCCUGGGCCUGGCGCUGGCGCUGGCCUUGGUGGCGGUGGUAAGCUGGAAGUGGAAGCAGCAGUGCAAGACAUCCGCCCCCGAGACCCCAGAUGAAGGCCAGGACGCCCCAGAGCCUCUGGACAACGUCUUCAUUCCCUUGGAAAGCCUUGACACCUCAGCUCCUGGCUGCAGUACACCCAGGGAAGAGUCAGAUUCCACCCCACAAGGCCACAGCAUCCCAGUACCGGCCACAGAGCUGGGCUCCACCGAGCUGGUGACCACCAAGACAGCAGGUCCUGAAUAAUGGCAGCACGACCCAGCCGGUCCCCUCUGAGGUUUCUGGGCCUUCAGCUGAGGGUUUGGAAAGGAAGACAGCUCUUCACCCUAUGACCCCCUUGACCUUUGUCUGGGAGCCAGACUGCUCCUAGCUGACAGCGCCCUCUGCCCCCCAGACCCAUAGG